ACAAAAAAAUUCGCAGAGAUUUGUAUUGUAUGAAUUUUAUCAAGAGAGUGAAACUGACUGAAAGACGGUGAAGCAAUGGAGGGGGGUUUCUGUAAAAAAAUAAAGUUGAGGCUCUGGAUUCUCAGAACUCUCGUGGUUAUGGCGGUUACGUUGCGAUGUGUUGUGGGCAGUAGCAAUCUUCAUCGUGUUGGCGACAAGAUGGGUUGGGCUCCGAAUGUCAAUUUCUCUGAAUGGUCUAGCCGUGAGCGUUUCUUUACCGGAGAUUGGCUCCUUUUCAACUUUGACAAGAACAUGUAUAAUGUUCUCGAGGUGAACAAGACAAGCUACAAUGGUUGCAAUGAUCAAAACUUCAUCACAAACAUUACCAAAGGUGGGAGAGAUGUGUAUCAACUUCAAGAGCCAAGACCUUACUACUUUCUCAGUGGCAGAGGCUUUUGUUGGGGUGGCAUGAAACUUGCUGUGAUGGUCCAAAACCCUACACCGGUCUCGGCACCUGAACCUACCCAAAGUCUCUCAUCGGCGAAGAAUUCCAACUAUCGGAUCGGGUUGUUUUUUGCAGUGGUACUUGUCAUUGCCUUAGUAUAGGAAAAUUGGAACUAAUGGCCAAACACAAUUUUUUAGUUUCCAUAUGAAAAAUUGUUGUGGGUUUUUCAUAGAAAGAUAAAAUUUUUUAUGAUUUGAGAGAUCUGAAAUACUGUGUUGAGUUAUUAUUGUCCA